GAUGGAGUCUUUUCCAUUCAUCUCAAAUGUCAAUGUCACUUCUAAUUGUCUCUCCUCCGGUUAAGGGUCAAUGGGUGUUCGCAGUCACUUGUACUGCUGCAACCCCUAAAAAGUAAACGCUGAUGCAGAUUUACAAAAGGUAGAACUACAGUCGUGUCGUCUUCUUGUGUAUUUGUUCCUCCGAUGAAAAACAACGAUACACAACAGGCUUCCUCCCCUAUGGUUGUCGUGCUGUUGAAGAUUCUAAUUCUGUCUUGCUGUGUUGCGGCCACAGCCGCCUGCGACCCACUCGAUCGCGACUUCCUCUUGUCCUUGGCGCUCAACAUAUCUGCAGCUCCUCCACUCAAUUGGUCUUCCGCCGAUUGCUGCCUGUGGGAAGGGAUUUCUUGCGAUGCUAUCGCCGGUGGUGGUGAUCUUCGGGUUACUCAGCUUUCGCUACCCUCCAGAGCACUCACCGGCUUCAUCUCCCCGUCUAUCGCAAACCUUACCUAUCUCUCUCGCCUCAAUCUCUCCCACAACACCCUCUCCGGUUCGCUCCCCUCCGAAUUCUUCUCGUACCUGAACCGCCUCCACAUCCUUGAUUUGAGCUACAACCAUCUCUCCGGCCAAUUACCAUCCUCCUCCUCCUAUACCACCAGUGCCCUACAGACGGUGGAUUUUUCUAGCAAUCAAUUCAGCGGGACAAUCCCUUCUUCAUUCCUGCAGCAAGCGGUAGCAGGGAGGACUUUGACAAAUUUCAACGUUAGCCACAACAGCUUCACGGGCUCUAUCCCCGCCUCUAUUUUCUGUUUGGAUAACUCUUCACGGAACUCGGUCAGGUUCUUGGACUUCUCCAACAAUCAUUUUAGUGGCCAAAUUGUCCGUGGACUCGGAUUUUGUUCCGCGCUGGAGAUUUUCCGAGCGGGUUUCAAUGAUCUUUCAGGACCGCUUCCGCCUGACAUUUAUGAUGCUUCUGCACUCCAAGAACUCUCCUUACCUCUUAAUCGCCUCAAUGGAACCAUUGGCGAUGGCAUCCUCCGCCUCACCAACCUCAGAAUCCUUGAGCUCUACUUUAACCAAUUGUUUGGCAACAUCCCCAGGGAUAUUGGCAGGCUCUCCAACAUGGAACAGCUGCUUCUUCACAUCAACAACCUCACUGGUUUUCUGCCCCCAUCUCUGUCGAAUUGCACCAAUCUCAUCACAUUGAAUUUACGGGUCAACCAGUUGGAAGGAGAUAUCUCCGCUUUCGAUUUCUCCACACUUGCCCGCCUUACCACUCUCGACCUUGGCAACAAUAAUUUUUCCGGUAACUUCCCAAAGCCUUUAACUCAAUGCAAGUCACUAACAGCAAUUAGAAUGGCCACUAAUCGGCUAACGGGACAGAUCUCGCCUGACAUAAUUGCACUGCAAUCUCUGUCUUUUCUCUCGCUUUCAAACAACACGCUGACGAACUUCACCGGGGCAAUCGCGAAUCUGAUGGGCUGCAAGAACCUCAGUACUCUUUUAAUCUCCUUGAAUUUCUUCGAUGAAUCAAUGCCAUAUGAUGACAACACAGUGGAUCCGGACGGAUUCCAAAAGCUCCAAAUUUUAGCUUUGGGCGGUUGCAAUUUCACUGGUCAAGUGCCCAACUGGCUUGCUAAGCUUAAGCAACUUGAGGUCUUGGACUUGUCUGUUAACAGUCUCACAGGCUCAAUUCCUGGUUGGUUGGGUAGUCUGCCUAAGCUUUUCUACAUCGACUUGUCUGCUAACUUCCUUCAAGGAGACUUUCCCCUGGAGCUCUGUCAACUACCAGCGCUUGUGUCACAACAGAAUUAUGAUAAAGUGGACCGCACUUAUCUAGAAUUGCCCGUUUUUGUUAUGCCCAACAAUGCUACCAAAAACCAGUACAAUCAGCUGUCCAACCUUCCUCCAGCUAUAUACCUGAAUAACAACACCCUCAGUGGCAACAUCCCUUCUGAGGUUGGCCUACUGAAGGUUCUUCAUGUGUUGGAUCUCAGCAAUAACAACUUCACUGGCAACAUUCCUGAUCAAAUUUCUGACCUCACCAACUUGGAGAGAUUGGAUCUCUCCAGCAACCAUCUAUCUGGUGGAAUCCCUGCUUCACUUUUAGGUCUACAUUUCUUAUCUUCAUUCAGCGUUGCAUACAACGAUCUUCAAGGGCCAAUACCAUCCGGAGGUCAAUUUGAUACUUUUCCCAUUUCCAGUUUUGAAGGGAAUCCAGGGUUGUGUGGCAAAAUCGUGCAGCACUCUUGCUCUAGUCAACCUGGAAUUGCAACUCGUAAAGGCUCAAACAAAAAGCUUAUUGUUGGACUCGUCCUUUUGAUCUGUUUUGGAACUGGUUUUAUCAUCACUGUGCUAGCAUUGUGGGUAUUAUCCAAGAGGAGGAUCAUUCCGAGAGGGGAUACUGACAAGAUGGAUUUGGAUUCAAUCUCUAGCAACUCGAAUCCGCUGGUUCCUCUUGAGGUUGACAAGGAUACUAGCGUAGUGGUAUUGUUCCAAAACAGUACGAAUGAAAUCAAGGAUCUUACCAUAUCUGAAAUCGUGAAAGCCACGGACAAUUUUAGUCAAGCGAACAUCAUAGGGUGUGGGGGUUUUGGUUUGGUUUAUAAAGCAACAUUAGCAAACGGCAGCAAGCUGGCUCUUAAAAAACUCUCAGGAGACACGGGACUGAUGGAAAGGGAAUUCAAAGCAGAGGUAGAGGCUCUGUCCACAACCCAACACAAGAACCUAGUUGCCCUGCAAGGUUAUUGCAUGCAUGACGGCUCUCGGCUGCUCAUGUAUUCCUACAUGGAGAAUGGGAGUUUGGAUUACUGGUUGCAUGAGAAGGCUGAUGGUGCAACUCAACUAGAUUGGCCAACUCGUCUGAAAAUUGCACAGGGAGCAAGCUGUGGGUUGGCUUACAUGCACCAGAUAUGUGAGCCGCACAUUGUGCAUCGUGAUAUCAAGUCCAGCAACAUCCUCCUCAAUGACAAUUUUGAAGCACAUGUUGCAGAUUUUGGCUUGUCCCGAUUGAUUGAUCCUUAUCAAACUCAUGUUACAACUGAGCUUGUUGGUACCUUGGGUUAUAUUCCCCCAGAAUAUGGGCAAUCAUGGGUGGCCACUUUGAGGGGAGACGUGUACAGUUUCGGGGUUGUCAUGCUUGAGCUACUAACUGGGAAGAGGCCUAUGGAGGUAUUCAAACCCAAGAUGUCGAGAGAGUUGGUUGUCUGGGUGCAGCAAAUGAGAAGUGAGGGCAAGCAAAACCAAAUUUUUGACGCUGUCCUUAAAGGAAAGGGUUUUGAGGAGGAGAUGCUGCAGGUGCUUGAUUUGGCUUGCAUGUGCGUCAACCAGAAUCCUUUCAAGAGACCAGCCAUCCAGGAAGUAGUCGAUUGGCUGAAGAAUGUAGGGGCAAUCCCCCAAGACCAAAAUAAGGAUUAGUAUAUAAUUCCCUUUGAACAGAUAUGUAUACUUACAAAAGAAAAAAGUUUUUACAUUUAUUAAUGCAGAUUUUAUUACA